AUGAGUGCGGCGUUCCAGCCCUCGCUCAUGAUGAUGCCGCGCCCUCUGGGAAGCAGCACCGCCUUCAGCAUCGACUCGCUCAUCGGCAGCCCGCCCCAGCCCAGCCCGGGCCACUUCGUCUACACGGGCUACCCGAUGUUCAUGCCCUACCGGCCGGUGGUGCUGCCGCCGCCGCCGCCGCCCCCGCCGCCGCCGCCCGCCUUGCCCCAGGGGCCGCCGCUGCCGCCCUCGCACCCGCACCACCACCACCACCAGAUCCCCAGCCUGCCCAGCAGCUUCUGCUCCAGCCUGGCGCAGGGCAUGGCGCUCACCUCCACCCUCAUGGCCACCCUGCCCGGCACCUUCGCGGCCUCGGCGCAGCACCAGGAGGCGGCCCGGAAGUUUGCCCCGCAGCCGCUCCCGGGCGGCUUCGACAAGGCGGACAGCAUCCAGCCGGAGGCCGAAGACGGCAAGGCGUUCCUGGCCAAGGAGGGCUCGCUGCUGGCCUUCUCGGCUUCCGACGCGGCGCAGGCCACCCUCGGGGCCGUCCGAGGAGCGCCGGGGAAGGAGGACGCCAAGGCGGAGGACGAGGCCAAGGGCAAAGAGGAGAGCUUCUCCAUGGACAGCGACCUCGACUACAGCUCCGACGACAACCUGCCCGGCGGCCAGGCGGCGCACAAGGAGGACGACUCGAGCAACGGCCUGGAGGAGGGCGGCCCGAGCGCGGCCAACCCCAGCAGCACCACCGCCACGGGCAAGAACCGGCGGCGGCGGACGGCCUUCACCAGCGAGCAGCUGCUGGAGCUCGAGAAGGAGUUCCACUGCAAGAAGUACCUGUCGCUCACCGAGCGCUCCCAGAUCGCGCACGCCCUCAAGCUCAGCGAAGUGCAGGUCAAGAUCUGGUUCCAGAACCGGCGGGCCAAGUGGAAACGCGUGAAAGCGGGCAACGCCAACUCCAAGACCGGCGAGCCCUCCCGGAACCCCAAGAUCGUGGUGCCGAUCCCCGUCCACGUCAGCCGGUUCGCCAUCAGGAGUCAGCAUCAGCAGCUGGAGCAGGCCAGGCCCUGA